AAAAUCUCCUCCACUACAUUUUUUCUCACUUGAUUCACUCUCUUCCGCAAGCGUCUUUGUCUUGAAAUUGCCUUUGAAAACAUCUCCUUCCCAAACAGAUUUUCUAACAUUGACUAAAUUGUGUCCGGACAAAUCUUCUCCACUACAAAUUACUUGACUUCCCUUGGACUAAUUUUUAUCCUGUCUACUGGCCUUGAAAUCAAUCGUUACACAGUAAGACACCCCUCCUCAUUUAUUCUAUCAGCGUUCACUUGAGUUUUCUCAGAAUGGAAAUGGCUUCCUCUUCCACAGCCAAGCAACAUGAAUCUCAGCUAGAAAACGCUUUUGAUCAACUUGCACCUUACUAUGAAUCUACCUCAUCAGACCCGUGGGAUAUAUUUAUUAAUCAUCGUGGAAGUGAUGUCAAGCACACAUUAGCUGCUGCCAUCUACCAUAAACUUCAUCCCAUGGGAUUGCAUGUGUUUCUUGAUGUGGAAGCUCUUAAGCCUGGUGAUGUCGUGCCAGCAGAAAUACAGCACGCCAUAACUAGUGCUGCCCUUCACAUUGCCAUUCUUUCUCCCAACUAUGCUGAAUCCCCAUGGUGUUUGGCUGAGUUGUGCUUACUGCUCAAAACUGGUGCUAAAAUCAUUCCCAUUUUCUAUCAUGUUGAGCCAUCUGACCUCAGAUGGAUUGAUGUAGGAGAAGGUACGUAUGCUAAUGCAUUUUCAGAGCAUGGGAAGAAGCGAAAAUACUCCCCAGAAAAGCUUGACGAGUGGAGAAGGGCACUCUACAACAUUUCAUUCCAUUCCGGCUACAAGGUUAAAAAUAACGAGGAUGAGGCCAGAAUUUUGAAGAAUAUUGUGAAUUGUGUAAUCAAAGUCAUGAAUAAAGUAUCCUUGCCCGUAGCAGAGCAUCCGCAGGGAUUGGAUGAGCUUGUACAAGGCUUCCAAUCAGUUGCAAGUAAAGAGAGAAUACUAAUUACGGUGAUCGUGGGAAUGGGAGGUAGUGGUAAGACCACACUGGCCAAAGAGCUAUUCAACAGGAACUUUUCCUCCUUCAAGAAAUGCAGUUUUGUUUUCGAUGUGCGAGAUGCAGCAUCAAGGAAUGCUCUAGCUGACAAACAGAAAAAGCUUCUUGGGGACCUUGGUCUCGAUCAUAUGCCAUUCGAUCAUGUAGAUGAAGGCAAGGCGGUUCUAGCAAAUCGUUUGAGCUCUCAUCGAGUGCUCAUAGUUUUGGAUGAUGUUGAUCACGUCGACCAGCUGAAUUCUCUACUGCCAAAUAAAGACAAUCUUGGAUCCCAAAGUAUGGUCAUUGUCACAACACGAGAAUUGGGAGUUCUUACUACGUGGGGUCUCUCCUCCAUUUAUAAAAUGCCAGGACUCAAUAGGUCACAUGCCGAGAAACUCUUCUGCUGGCAUGCUUUCUUGCAACCCUCCCCACCCGCUGGAUUUAAAUCUCUGGUUGAAAAGUUCUUAAGGGCAGGCAAUGGUUUGCCUCUUUCACUUAAGGUAUUAGGGGGUCAGCUAUAUGGCAGAAACUCGAAAGAUACCUGGCAAUCCCAAUUGAAAAAACUAUCAAGAAUAUUGCCUACCGACAUCAAACAAAGGCUACAAGUUAGCUACGAGACACUUGAUGAAGAAGAAAAGGAGAUGUUCUUGGAUGUUGCUUGUUUUCUCAUUGGAGAAAAUAAAAGCAGGGCCAUAGCAUUAUGGGAUGGAUCAGGUUGGAGUGGUGUGCAUGGCUUAGAAACACUUGUGAAUAAAUGUCUUGUGGAGCUGGUUUCCGACCCAGUCUACCCUGGGCAAAGUCCCUCCUAUGCGGAUAAGAUAAUGAUGCACGAUCAUCUUAGGGAUAUGGGAAGAGAAAUUGCAAGUAGACAUUCUUCCUAUCGUAUUUGGUUUCCAGAGCAAACUUUUAACAUAAUGCAACAUUCCCUGGAAAGAAAGCUUAUUCGAGGGAUUCAAAAUGCCGAUGCCUUUUGUACGUUCAAAGAGUACCGGCAUCCAUAUAUGGGAAAUUCAAAUAGACAAUCUAAAAUCCCUCGAUUGUCUAUUAAGUUAGACAUUCUUUUUGUCAGAGGAAAUGAGUUCACAGAAGAAUUUGCAUCAUUAUCUGAAGACCUUGUGUGGCUCCGCUGGGAGAAUUUUCCUCAUAGAAGCCUUCCAUCAUGGCUUACAGUGAAAAAUGUAAGUGUUUUGGAGCUUUCAGGUGCUAAUGAGUUGGAAGAACUGUGGGAGAGCGAUGCGGAUCCUCCAUUGCAAUUGAGAGAGCUUAUCAUAUUUGGUCAGAGUAAACUGCACUCGCUUCCAAACUCAGUGAAGCAUCUUCGGUACUUGAAAAAGAUUGACUGUUAUUUUAAUGGUGGCAGUUUGCCAGAAGAGUUAUGUGGCCUCCAGUCACUGGAGUUCUUGGCUUUAUCAAACAGUGCAGUGCUAUCGUCUCUACCUGCUGGUUUUGGCAAUUUACUAAGCUUGCAGCAUUUAUCCCUACAGUUUUGCCGUCACUUGAAGACGUUGCCAGAUUCUUUCGAGCAGCUGAUACACCUGAAAUAUUUAAAUUUAUCAGGUUGUGAGGUGCUAUCUUCAUUGCCUACUGGUUUUGGCGAUUUGAUAAACUUGCAGACUAUAGAUCUGGACUCUUGUAAGCAGCUGAAGAUGUUGCCAGAUUCAUUCAAACACCUGAUACACCUGAAAUCUAUAAAUUUAAGGCACUGUGAAAAGAUUAAAUUGAGGUUGGAUAUGCUUGAGUACAUGAGGAAGCUUGAGUAUUUGAACCUCAGCUUUUGCAAGGAAAUGGAAGAUUUGCCUCUUCAAAUCAUAAAUCAGGCAUCCCUGACAGUGUUGGAUCUACAAGGUUGUAUCAAUUUAAAGGGUUCACCUACAAACAUUGGCGAACUGGGCAAGUUAAAGUCGCUAACAAUUGAAAGUCUUCUGUUGUUAAGCUUGCUAAAUUUUGCUGGAAGCUUAUACUGCUUGAUAAGUAUAUCAAUAGUAAAUUCUGUCAAUGAAACGACUUUUGAUACCGGGGCUACUUCUUCCGUUAAAACACUCAAGGAAUCACACUUAGAAGACUACCAACAAGUUUCCAGGAUGUUGAUUUCCAAUGAUAGUUGUCCCAGUCUUGGAACUCUAGAAAUUUGGUGGAAUCACCAUUUAAUGGAGAUAGAAACGCUUCCAGUGUCACUCAAGAUUCUAGAUAUAUGCAAGUGCAAAGUGCUGAAGAACAUCAAGUGUAUUGGUAGUCUUGUAAACCUCAAGAAACUGGAAAUAUCUGAGUGUCCGGAGAUAAACGAGCUUCCAAGUUUUUUAUACUUGGCUUCGCUAAAAAAAUUCAGAAUUAAUGAUUGCCCAAAAGUUGAGAAAAUAGAAUGUUUGGAACACUGUAAGUCAUUGAAGACACUGAAAAUAGGCUCCAAAGUGCCAGGAAUACCGAAUUUAGAGAAAGUACAAAGAUUGGAAAGGCUAGAGCUCGAAUGCAACACCAUAUCAGCUCUUAAAUCUUGUAUUCAGUCUAUGAAGGAAUGUCCACGUGAAAUGGAGAUACAAAGUAGCGUGAUCCAGUUUGUGAAGCCAACUGUAAACGCUUUGGAGUUUCCUGGUCUUACGUUCAUGGAGAUGGAAGCAGGGUCCGCUCUUUCAAUGAUUCGGGAUUCUGCUUGUAUUUUGUAUUAUGAUGAGAAGAGGAAAGUGGUAUAUAUAGGUGUGUACCUCCAAAACGCAGGCUAUUGUGCAUACAACUAUGCAACAAGAUUUAGAGGGAAGAAAGCAAUGGUAGUGACAGGCCAAGAGGGAAGAAUUGUGCAAGCAUUUUACCAAUUAUUCGCACUCCUGGAAUAGUUGGCUCUUGCACAAUGCUCAGACCUGGCACAAUCACAAUCUUGACAAAGGCAGCAAUAGCAACUUUACAGUUUUGGUUAGAUAUCUUAAGGUUGUUUGUCUACUAACAAUUUGCAUUUAUGUGUGAGCGAAAUGUAAUUAACUAUUAUUUUAGGAAGAGGUGAGUAUGAGAAUGUAAGAGAAGGGAGUGCUGGUGUAGGUUGUAUUGUUGAGAACAAGUGAAUUAUAUAA